AACAAAACGGUUUUUCGCGACUUUCAACAUCGUAUGCUAAACUGGAUGAGUGAAAAUUAUGGGCGAAUGGUUGAUCUUUUUCGCCGAUUUGACUCGGACAACAGCGGACAACUAUCGUACGAAGAGUUUGCCGAUGGCAUGAGGGAAUUAGGUAAGAAACACUGAUAUACAUGUCAGUGAUCUUUCCCUGAAAAAGCAAAAUAACAGAAAAACCUAAUUUUACUAUUAUCACAUACACUAGAUUCAUGAACUUGUUAGCAGAUAACAAUAGCAUAUAAACAACUCAUUUAAUUUGGUCGCGGGUGGAGCUUCUUGUUAUCAAAACUUUAAAAGUAUUUUAGUUGUGAACAACUAUAGUAUGUAUCCCUUUUCACGUGAAGCAACAGAUCAGUCUGUAACCCGCAUUUUCAGGAUUAGAACUACCCUACAACUGUCAGCACGUCACGCGUCACCGUGACAAAAGAAAAAAAAACGCACUGCUAUAGGGUCGUAAUGGCGUCAUCAGCGUUUCUAUGUGGGUGGCACCUAUCACAAGCUCUGAUAAAAAUGCUUCACUUGCACCAACUCAAAGAACCGUUGUAAAUUCUGAUCAGUCAGAACAGUGCCUUUUCGUGUUUUUUUUUUUCCCUGAUGCUGUUCCGUCCGUCGCUUUCAAUCGUUGUUUUAGCCUACAAGCUAAUUACUCAACUGCGGCCUCAGUAGCAGCCCUUAUAUGCUCCUAAUAACUUGCUGCUUAAGUGACAUUGUCACAUUUUGUAAUAACAGGAGCUCCGGCAACUCAGGUGGAAAUUUACAUCAUUGCCAUGGCCCUGGACUCAGAUGGCGACCAACAACUUGAUUACCGCGAAUUUAAAAAGCUGAGCAGACGACUGAAACUCGGAAGUGAACGUAUCAGAAAGACGGCUGAGAAAGAAGAUAACGAGGAGACACCAACUCAGCAGAUACAGCUACGACCCUGCCCUAACUGCAAUGUGGGAUUAUGGGAACCCAUUGUUGAAGACGUCCUUGGGUUAGUUGUUGCUGAUAAGGUUAAGUUGUUGUUAGAGAGCCGUUUAGAUUCUAAGACGAGGGCUACUACGAGAACAAGUUGUGCGCGCGCUUGAACCAGCGUGUCAUUUUGGCGGGAAAACGCAACAAUCAAUCUGCCACGGGUUUUAGCGAAAAUAUCGUACAGGCGGAAAAAAAGUUAUAAAAUGCUAGAAUUUUUUUAAUAAAAAAGCGAUCGGCUAGAGAGGGCUUAACCUCCCGGAGCAAUAGAAAUAACUUUUUUUUUCUAGUGAAAAAAGGUAAAAUGAAGCUUUCUGGAGUGUCUAUUUUUUCAGAAUACGCAAACAGUACUUCAAGUCAGAUCUCGUCUUCGUAGUCGUCCUCGUGUCUUACCAUAUCACUUCUAUUAGCCUGGUGGACGUUCACGGCAUGGAGAGUGAUGGAUCAUUAUAUUCGUCGAUCAGAUUCCGUCAAUUUCUUCAUAAUUUUAUGAAAGCAUGUGUUGGUGAAUUUUAGGCCUAGUGAAUACAUAGCAAUUUUUCAUAUACAACAUAAAAUAUUGAAUGCAGAAUUAAGAUUGAAAGCAUACGAUCCCAAAUGUAUCCAACGCCCAAAAACCCGUUUUUAUUCUACCGUGAAAUCAAAAUCUCCACAUUGAAAACAGCAAAGGUGAAAAAUGACGGAAAUUUCUUUACGUGUUCAUUUCUUCCGGGGUUUGCCGAAAACACAGGUGUUUUCUAAUCUCUCGUAUAUCUCUUUUUUUUCUUUCCUGUAGGUACAUUAUGCUAGACUUGCGCGGUCUGCCUUUUCAAAACAUUGCCUCGUUACCAGGUCAAAUUAGUGCCCAAGUCCCCUCCAACAUCUCCAUAUAUGGAAUAUCACUGAUUGUAAAACGGGAGCUAGGACCAUGCACGUUAAACAUUCGAAUUUACCAGCCAAAAGAGACAGGCGACAAGGAAGAAAUGGAAGCCAGCAUGAAUUUAAGAGACUUUGGAUAUGCUGGGACUUUGUCUCCACAAGAACCUCAGCCAGUGACCUUGUUUUAUGAUUAUGAUUACCCUAUGUUGGACUGCCCGCUACUUAUGGCCGACUUUUCUGUUUAA